AUGGAUGCUCCAUCAAAGCUCUCAUGGAUAGGUCUAUUCCUCCUCCUCCUUUGGCUCCAUGCCGAUGCUUCCUUUGGACAAAAUGAUCCAGUCAAGAACUUUUGUCGGAGGUGGGGUCACCAAUCAGCCGUAGUUGAUCGCAGGCUGUACAUUGAUGGAGGUUUGAUCAACUAUGGAGGAGCGGCAACAAAUAACCAGACCAACACCUUCUUUUCAUACAAUGACCUCGACGCCGUAUCCAGCGGGGGAAUGCCCCCAUUCUAUGCCAACCUUUCCAAGAACGACACGAUUCCAAGCGUCAAUGGCGGCAUUUUAUGGGAAGACUCGAUCAACAAGAGACUGUAUUUAUACGGCGGCGAAUACCAGAGCGCAUCCCCUCAGCCGUUCAACUUCUACAGCUACGAUAUUCUUUACAACGAGUGGUUGUCGUUCGGAUCACCCCCACAGGAAGUUCAAGCGGCCAGCUAUGGAGCUGGCGUUUCAAUCCCGUCGAGAGGAGAAGCGUACUUCUAUGGCGGGUGGCUUAGCAAUGCAUCUGUUCAAGGCUGGUCAGGCCCGCCUGCAGCUUCGAAUGGAUUGAUCAAGUACGAAAUGGAUUCGAAUACCUGGAGCAACGACACGGGGCCAGAUGAUACAGGACGAGCAGAGGGAACCAUGGUAUACCUCCCAGUUGGAGAUGGCGGCAUGCUGGUGUAUUUUGGUGGAGCUCAAGACUUGUAUGGGAAUGGAACCUUGACACCGCAGCCCUUGGACGAAAUCUUCUUAUACGAUGUCGCGAAUGCGAAGUGGUAUACUCAAAAAACAUCCGGCAACACUCCUGGCAACAGACGUCGCUUUUGUGGUGGCGCGACAUGGGCCAAGGAUCAUUCAAGCUACAACAUUUACAUCUACGGAGGCGGCGGGUUUGAGCCCGAUACAAUAGGCUUCGAUGAUAUCUACAUCCUCACAAUACCAAGCUUCCAGUGGAUUCGGGGUCCGUACCCAACCUACCGCAACGGCACCGGUUCAUACCCAAAGAGCAUGAUGAGCUGCAACGUGAUUGACAACGCCCAAAUGCUCGUGAUUGGCGGUACUUACUCCAACGCUACUCAGAAAGUCUGCGACGUGCCGACCAUUCAAGGCGCACAUAACAUGAAUCUGGGCAAGCAGAACAAGGAAGAUGCAAUCUGGGCGUUAUACCAGCCCAGUUUGACGACGUACGUUGUGCCCAUGGACAUUCGAACGGCUGUUGGCGGCAGCAGUACUGGCGGUGCCACAAAGACAACGCCCGUCAGCGGAUUUGACGCUCCAGACCUGGCUGUGCAAAUGGAACGCACAGCGGCGUCGGGGACAAGGACAGCGACUCGUGCAACUGAGACAAGCACCAAAAAGGCAGCGCCCGCGACUCACACCAGCAAGCCAUCUUCAGGACUCGGUACUGGAGCCAUAGCAGGGAUCGCUGUGGGAAGCGCUGUGGCGUUUAUCCUUGCUCUGGCAGGAUGCGGUCUUCUCAUCUACCGUCGUCGGAAGCAUUACAGCCAAAGUCACGGCGUGGCGGCGCCACCACCUCGGAAUGAUAUGACCAUGACUGGGCCACCGGCAGCUGGUGGCUGGGAUGUGCAUAACCAGGUGUCACCCCUCGCAGGAGCUCCGUCUUAUGGCGGAGGACAUACGUGGCCUGCACAUCCCCCGUCUGAGCUGACAAGUGAGACACGAUCGCCUGACAUGCACUCCAGAAUGAGCCCCAAGAAUGAAUUCCACGUUGCUCAUUCUGAAUCGACAAUAUUGCCCAUGCUUCCUCCAUAUAGCGCAAGCUCAAAGGACCUUGCCAAUCUCAUGGUCCAACCAACCCUCCUGGAAUAUGGGGCAAUGCCUGCUUUCAGAAAGAAUGGCAUAUCUUCUCUUGUGAGACUUCAAAACAUAAGGGAACAAGCUGCGGCGAAUGUCUUUAUCCCACUUUCUGAGGGUUUUAUCGCCUUCGAGAAUACCACAGUGGUUCCUGCCUUGCUUUCAUCAGCCCAUGGCAAGGUACUUGAGCUUGGCCCUGGGCCAGGUAACCAAAUUCAACGGUUUGACCAGUCAAAGGUCGAUUUCAUAUACGCUAUCGAGCCUAACGCGAAUUACGAACAUACUCUGGCGUCUAAAGUUGAAAAAUAUGGGCUGACAGAAAAGUACAAAUUGGUUACCUGCGGCCUUGAAGACAGCGACAUUCUGAGACGCGAAGGAAUUACUGAGGGCUGUAUGGAUACAGUGCUUAGUAUUCAGGUCCUGUGUGCAGUAGAAGAUGCCAAAAGCGCAGCAAAGGAAGCAUACAGUUUGUUAAAGCCAGGAGGAUGUUUUAUAUUUUGGGAACAUGGGAAGAGCAAGGAUACCCUCAUGGGCUUGAUCCAAGCGUGCCUAAACCCUUUUUGGGCGGGAUUUAUUGGUUGCCGUGUUACGAGAGACAUCAAGUCGGCCAUUUUGGCUGCUGGAGAGUGGGAGAACCCCGAGGACAUCGAACAACCGCAGGAUGCGUAUAACUUCCUACCCAGGGUUUGGGGUGUCCUUAUUAAGAAAUAA